AUGCGGUUAAACAUUCUGCUAGCAUUUCUUGCGGCCUUUGUGGCUGCCGUUCAAGCUCAGAAUGCGCUUGAGGCUUUGGCAUCACAUAUGCCAAAGUGCGCUCUAAAAUGUUUUAUGGAAGAGCUUCCCAAGUCUACCUGUGCGACAAACCUCACUUCAGAGUGCUUGUGUACCAAUGACGCGCUCAAUGCUGCGGUGGCCGUCUGCUCCUCGAAGACAUGCACUGUAUACGAGCUCAUGCAAACAAAGAAUGUGAGCAACCAGGGCUGCGGAGUGCCUGUCCGUUACAAAGGCGAUACGUUCCUUGGUGCUGGCUAUGCCGGAUGUAUCUUGGCUAUAAUGGCCUUCAUCCUAAGGAUGUUUGCCAGUAUAGGCAAAAACGGCCGCCAGGUAUCAUGGGAUGACCUCACAAUGGGAAUCGUGCUCUGUCUUGCCAUACCUCCCGCCGUAUUUGGUCACUUCCUGGUCGCGAACGGUCUUGGACGAGAUAUAUGGACGUUGAAAGACUACCAGAUCACCAACGUCCUGUACUACUACUUCCUGGGAGAGAUAUUCUACGUCACCGGUCUAGGUAUCUCCAAGAUCUCCAUCCUCUUCUUCUACCUGCGCGUCUUUCCGGCAAAGAGCUUUCGAAUCCUUACAUACAGCGUGAUGGCUGUAUGUGCGCUAUACACAGUGGCUUUCUUCUUCGCAACCCUCUACCAAUGUCGACCCAUCAGUUUGGCCUGGACCCAGUGGGAUGGACUACACGAGGGCACAUGCAACGACAUUCAUCUUCAAGGUUGGAUCGCGGCUGCUAUCAACAUCUUCUUGGAUGCUGUAGUAAUGGCGCUCCCAAUGAAACAUCUGGUAGGGCUAAACAUGAGUCUGAAGAAGAAGCUCAUGGUCAUGGCCAUGUUUGGUGUUGGUAUCUUCGUCAUUAUCAUCUCGGUCAUCCGUCUGGAAUCGCUCAUUCACUUCUCGAACACGCAAAACAUCACCUGGGAUUACGUGGACGCCGGUUUGUGGAGUCUUAUCGAGAUCGAUGUUUCGAUCAUUUGCGGAUGCAUGCCGGCUCAUCGAAUGUUGAUUGCCAAGUUCUGGCCAAAGAUAACAUCGACAUUCGCGUCAAGCAGGAACACCUCGACUAAAGGCACUUCGAAUAGCAAAGGAUCAAAGUUCAGCACCAACAACAGCACGACUGGCGGUCAGGAGAAAUCAGUACGUCUCUCCAUCAAACCUAAAGCAGGAGACGAAGGCCAAUUUAUCCCGUUAGACGAUAUGGACGACAACAGUGACCGAGCCCAUUUGACGAGGGCGCAACAUCCCGAAAGAGACUCUGGUGGCUGGAUCAUACAGACUCAUGAAGUGGAAGAAUGGGGGAAGCCGCCCACGACGGGAGUGGAACAUGUUUGA